AUCAGCGUCGAGCUCAAACCCGUUUAACGUACCGUCCAAACGUUUAUGACGUUUUCGAAAUUACAGUUUACGCUCGGUAAGUGCGCGGCGCGACGAUGUUGUUACACGCAAGUCGAGCGAAUACUGAUUCUCGCAAUUAAUUGCAGUAUGAUGCGUUUGUAAUUAUCCGCUUCUGAACUGUGUUUAAUCACUUUCAGUGAUCCAUUUAUUUACAGUUUCAACUUCGUGUUGUUAGCAACCGGGUUUUAAAAAAAAGAAAGAAAGAAAAAAAAAACAAAAACAAAGUUCUCCCUUGUGACUUUUCUUCUUCGUCUUGUUUUUUUUUCUUGUUUCUUCUUCUUCGUCUUGUACUUUUUUUCCUAUUAUACCAACUGUGCCAGGCCCUUAGGAAAUGGAUGAUAUGACAGAUGACUUCUUCUUCGCGUCAGAAGAUUUCCCUCAAAGCAAUGAUUGCGCGAACUGAUUCACAAAGUGAGAGGUGAAAAGCCCCGUUAUAUUGAAGUGGGAUACUUAUGCUAUAUCUAUACAUUCUACAAAGAGGUUUCAUGCAAUAUCGUCGUCUAGUUGUGAACUUGUGAACAAUAUUUGAACCCCCCUUUCAACUCCCUUUCACCCCCUUAUUUGAAAAUCCUCCUUAUAUAUAUAUAUAUAUAGUGUUCUGUAUGUAUAUAGAUAUAAAGUUGAUGCAGACCAAGAGUUGAAGAAAAUCGGACGAGUGAGAGAGAGAAAGAGAAGAAGAGAGGGGGAUGGAUGGGGGAGUAUUGUUGUCCCUCCUCGAAGAAAGUUGAGAAGCAGUGAACUUGAUAUUGUUGAGAAGUGAUAUUUGCAAAAUUCAGGUCGCGAAUGAGGCUGAAUCAGAGGAAAAGGACAAGGAGGAGGGGGCGAUUCUAAAAUAGGCGCUAGAGGGGAAAAAUGGUGCUUGAGGCGCCGAGUUUGUGGCAGGCUGGCUUCAACAUAUCUCAAUGGCUGAUGAUCAUUAUACACGGAUAUCGUGCCACUGCUGUUAUACUGUCUCUUCUACUUCACGUUCUCGUGAGAACUGACUAUCCCUCUGCAGUUACGGCCGAAGUAGUCGGGAUGAACGCCAAUUCGUUAGAUCGUACACUUAAACCCUUAGACGUUGAUUUAGCGCCGACUCUUCCGAUGACUUUCGGCACUGAAAAUUCUACAGUCAUUUCUUCUCAGUCCGGCUCCACUGCAUUGUUGCCCUGCGUUGUUCACAACAUUGGCGAAGGAGUGGUCAAUUGGAUCAAGAGAAAAAAGACACACGAAUUGCUAACUGUUGGUUUGACAACUUACGCUAGCGACGAACGUUUUCAAGCGAUUCACUUUCAUCACAGUGAAGAUUGGACCCUUCAAAUCAAGUACGUUCAACAAAGGGAUGCUGGAAUGUACGAGUGCCAAGUAUCCACCCAUCCACCCACCAGUAUAUUUCUAUUUCUCGAAGUUGUCGAGGCGCGCGCCGAAAUAAUAGGACCAGCGGAGAAAUUUGUACGACCUGGAAGUACACUUCAACUUCAUUGUUUAGUGAAGAAAUCGACGGAAACGCCGUCCUAUCUUUUUUGGUACCACAAUAUUCGAAUGAUAAAUUACGAUGUUGAGCAAGGUGUUAAUGUGAGUACGGACCUUUUGGCCCGCGAGAGUUGGUUGGAAGUGCCGCGGGCAUCCGGCCGUCAUUCCGGAAAUUACACCUGCGUUGCCAGCAAUGCCCAGCCAGCUCGAGUUUUCGUUCACAUUUUCAACGGUGAUAAUCCAGCAGCAAUGCAACAUAGCCUCGCCUCAUCUCCAUCGGUAAUAGCGUACUCCGCCCUGAUGACCUUAUUGACCGCACUCAAAAUCGCACUUCAUGCUAUAUCUAUUCGAUAGGCUCUCCUCUCCUAAACUCACUUUAAUUAUGAGGUAAACGUCAGCGUAUCAAAGCUCUCUCCUCCCUAUAUGCUAGAAUUGUGCAAUCCCCCGAAAGCUUCAGUUAAUUGGACGAGCCUCUUAAGGUAUUUAGCAAAAGAUUAGAACAAUUCAAGUUAUUCAGGAAACAAUUCUAUUAUAUAGACGAAAUUAUCUUCAUUUUUUCUUCUUUUUGUUAAAUAUGGAAAACAAAUAAUAAAUAAAUGAGAGGUACUAUUGUGGGAAUUGUAAAAUUCUCUCUUUUUUUUUUGAUUAAUAAAUCGUUAAUUAUUGUCAAUUUAUUUCAAAUGCUUUUCAUUUGCGGUGGUCGGUGAUAAUCGUUAAUUGCUGCAAAUUGAAGAGAUUUUUCAAGUGAAGGUAAUAUUUUUCGAAUAAUUUGUAUGAAUAAAAUAUUUUGACUAAAUUGGUAUAAUUUGGACAGUGUUUUCAAUUAAAAAAGAAGCAGUUUUGUUUCAUUCAUAUUUCCGAAGUAAUUUGAAAGUAAUUUAAAAAUAAUGGAAAAAUUUUUAAAAGUAAUUUAAAAAUUUUUAAAGUAAUCUUUUAUACUGAGGAAAUUAAUAUAAUUCUUUAGAGACUAUUUCUAGAGUAUAUUUAACGAAUAUUAAUUUAUGAUUGAGAAUAUUCGUUAAAUACUCAAUAUUCCACUUGCAAACUUUACUUACGUAAUGAAUAUUUACAAUUUAAUA